CGGGAGGGAGACGACGGACCGGAGACGGGGGACCGGCCAUGGCCGCCCUGGUGCUCAAGAACCGGCGCGCGACGCUGGAGCGGGCAGAGAAGUUCGUGUCUCCCGUCUACUUCACCGACGUCAACCUGCGGGGCCGGCUGUUUGGUGCCAACUGUCCAGUUGAAUCACUGUCCUGUUUUCUGACGGAGUCACGCAUCUCGUAUGAGACAGCAGUGAAUGGAGAUUUUACGGCUGCUAAAGUUGGAGAUUCCUUUGGACCAACAUGGUGGACCUCCUGGUUCAGGGUGACCUUCAGCAUUCCACAGGAAUGGAAAGGCAAAGAGGUGCACUUUGUGUGGGAGAGCGAAGGGGAGGCAAUGGUUUGGAGGAACAGCUCACCAGUACAGGGCCUUACGAAAGAAGGGGAGAAGAUGAGCUACAUUCUCUCAGAGAAUCUAACAGAUGAAGAAGCUCACAGCGUGGAGCUGUACGUGGAGCUGGCAUGCAAUGGGUUGUUCGGAGCAGGGCAAGGCUCUAUGAUCGCACCCCCGGACCCACAGUGCAAGUUCACUCUCCACAAGGCUGAGCUGGUGGUCUUCAACAGAGAUGUUCAUGAACUGCUGACCGACUUCGAAAUCAUCACAGAUAUGGCAAAGUACAUCGGCACAGAGAAUCAGCGCAGCUAUCAGGCACUGUACACGGCUAAUAAGAUGGUGAAUGCCUGUGAUGUAGCAGACCCAGCCACCUUUGCAGAAGCUCGCAGAUUUGCCGAUGCUUUUCUUCAGCAAAAGAAUGGGGAGAGCCAACAUGUGGUGCACGCGAUGGGACAUUGCCAUAUCGAUUCAGCGUGGUUAUGGCCGUAUGAAGAGACCAUCCGCAAGUGUGCUCGGAGCUGGGUGUCUGUGUUGCGACUAAUGGAGAAAAACCCAAGCUUUGUUUUCACUUGCUCACAGGCGCAGCAGUUGGAGUGGGUAAAGAGCUGGUACCCGGGACUGUACGCAGAAAUCCAGGAGUAUGCUGAGAAAGGACAGUUCAUCGUUGUGGGGGGCACCUGGGUGGAAAUGGACGGAAACCUCCCCUCUGGUGAAUCCAUGGUCCGGCAGUUCCUCCAGGGUCAAGCGUUCUUCCAGCAGGAGUUUGGAAGACAUUGUGCUGAGUUCUGGUUGCCAGAUACAUUUGGAUAUUCUGCACAGUUGCCACAGAUCAUGAAAGGCUGUGGCAUCACGCGCUUCCUAACCCAGAAGCUCAGCUGGAACCUGGUGAACGAGUUUCCGCAUCACACUUUCUUUUGGGAAGGAAUUGAUGGCUCCAGGGUGCUCACCCACUUUCCACCAGGGAACUCGUACGAAAUGCACGGCAAGGUUGAGGAACUGCUGAAUACAGUUAAAAAUAACAAGGACAAAGGUCGCGUUAAUCACAGCGCAUUCCUCUUUGGGUUUGGCGAUGGGGGAGGAGGACCUACACAAGAAAUGUUGGACCGACUACAUAGAAUGCAGAACACUGAUGGUCUUCCCAGGGUGCAACUGUCCACUCCAGACACCUUCUUCUCCGCACUGGAAGGUGACACCACCAUGCUGUGUACCUGGGCUGGCGAGCUCUUCCUAGAACUACACAAUGGCUCCUACACCACCCAGGCCAAGAUUAAGAAAGGUAAUCGUAAAUGUGAAUGCAUCCUCCGUAGUAUCGAAAUAGUGAGCAGCCUGGCUGCCGUCCAGAAGGAUGGGUUUCAGUAUCCAAGCUCCCAACUGCAGCAACUGUGGAGACUAUUGCUUCUUAACCAGUUCCAUGAUGUACUGCCUGGCACCUGUAUUCAGUCUGUCGUGGAAGAUGCUGUCAAGUACUAUGAAGAAAUUCAGAGCAAUGGAGACAAACUUCUUAAAGAGGCCAUUCAGUGUCUCCUGGGUGGAUGCGUGCAAGAGACGGGGAGAAAUGUCAACGUGCUCAACACCCUGCCGUGGGAGCGGACGGAGGUCAUCUCAAUGCCACGGUUGGAGGGCGAGGAGGUUCUAGCCUUGAUAAAGGUGCCCAGUGUAGGAUUUGCCACCGUGACCAGCCCCAUGGUCCCACCACAUCCAGUCAUUGUCACUGUGCAGGAAGGUGGCUCUGUCACCAUGGAGAACGGGAUUCUCAGAGUUGAAUUUGACUCAUUAGGCCGCAUGACAUCACUUUUGCAUUUACUUUACAAAAGGGAAACUGUUCCUGAGGGCAGCCAUGGCAACCAGUUUGUGCUGUUUGAUGAUGUCCCCUUGUACUGGGAUGCAUGGGACGUCAUGGACUAUCACUUGGAAACAAGGAAGCCCAUGUUGCAGGGGCUGCAACCUGUGGAGGUUGUUUGCCCAGGUGGGGUGAGGGGGAGUAUAAGGCACACCCUCCGUGUCAGUGACACCAGCCGCAUUCGCCAGGAGGUCACUCUGGAUGCCUGCUGCCCCUAUGUCAAGUUUAAAACUGAGGUUGAAUGGCAUGAAGCUCACAAGUUUCUGAAAGUGGAGUUCCCCACCACCGUGCACAGUCCCAACGCUACCUACGAAAUCCAGUUUGGACACAUUCAGCGCCCAACACACCGCAACACCUCAUGGGAUUGGGCUCGAUACGAGGUGUGGGGACACAAGUGGGCCGACUUGUCGGAGCACGGCUUUGGCGUGGCGCUGCUCAAUGACUGCAAGUAUGGCUACUCCGUGCAUCGUAACGUGAUGACCCUUUCCCUUCUGAGGUCGCCAAAGUCCCCGGAUGCCACGGCCGAUAUGGGUCAGCAUCAGUUCACCUACGCCAUCAUGCCCCACACAGGCUCGCUGCAAGAGGCUAACGUCAUCCAGUUUGCCUACAACAUCAACUACCCGCUGCAUAUCGUCCCCGCGGGCCCCGGGGUCUGUGCUUCCAGCACCUGGAGUGCCUUUUCAAUCCAGUCUCCUGCUGUUGUGCUGGAGACUAUUAAACAGGCUGAGAACAAGAACAAGGCUCUGGUCAUCCGUCUGUACGAGUCGCACGGAAGCACGGUGGAAACCUGGCUGCACACGUCACUGCCCAUCAAACAAGCUAUCUGGUGCGACCUCCUGGAGAAACCACUCACGGCCAAGUGUUGCUCCAUCAACGAUUCUCGGAUUGAACUGUCCUUCACUCCGUUCCAGAUCCGCACCCUGCUCCUGCUGCUCUGACGUAACUCUGCGCCGGGUAUCAUCAUCACGUCAAUUCAUCGAGCUUGUGUAAUACCGAUAAACAGUCACAAAGUCUGUGCAGCAAGCAAUGAAAUGAAUACAACAUUCACACAUCCUC